ACACCCACCGUUCUGGGUGUGUAGUGACUGUGAGUGAAACGUGGAAGUGCGUGUCUGCCAAUGCUGCAUAGCUUUACGUUUACCGACUGCAACGGAGAAAAAAAUUACACAAAUUGAUCCAAACUGGAGGAGGAAUCGGGACGUUUGGUCGUGUUUACGUCGUGAUUUUUUCUUCACCGUGAGCUUAAUAUUCUGCCAGAAUGUUGCAAAGUUUUUCCCAGUCGCAUGACUGGUUCUACCCGGAGCCGCUUUUAUUCGAUGACGAGUUCUGCCAGAGUUUGAUGAAGGAUCUACAGUCCCUGCCUACGCCACCCCAGUCUCCACCGAUGAAAGCCGGUCUCAGCAGCAAGCCGCUUUCCAAGGAGGAUCAGCUCAGUUACGUAUCGGAUAUACUCUUGGAAGAUCAAGAUCUUCAACUAAAUUGGAACUGUGACUUUUUCAAUAACGUAAAUGGAACCGAAUCCAAGGACCAGCGGCCGGAGGAGUCUGAAGACUGUUUGUGGCAUUGCCUGGGGGAUAAUAAGUCUAUGGAAGAGAAGCUUUCUUCUGUGCUAUCCAGCAGCCCGCUGCUAUCGGACAUUGACACCAGAAUAUUUGAGGAGAUCGCCGGUUCCACCCUGGACUGCCACAGAGCGGCGCUAGCAUGCCAAGCUCUGGAAAGUGAGGAUUUACUGCAGGACAGCCAGGAGUCUUCCUCGGACUAUGGCUCUGCCGGAGGAGAGUUCUCCACAAACUCAUCCAGUGAUUCCGAGGAGGAAAUAGACGUGGUGACAGUCAGGAAGCCCUCCAGCUCCUCCCCCCAGCCCCAGUCUGCAGACGAGAGCCUGCGGCUGCAGCAACAACGCCACCACCUGGAGAUCCAGCAGCAGCACAACUACGCCGCCCCAUGCCCCGCCUCGCCUCUCCGCCCCGAGCCUGCCUCCAUGUCCCCAUCAGGGUACCACAGUAAGCGCUCUCGCGGCUCCGAGUCCUCCCACCGGCACCACCACCACUCGGGGCGCAGCUCCUCGUCGUCACGCCACCACCACCAUCACGGGUCUUCGAGUUCCAGGCAGUCGCUGGACGUGGAGGACGAGGAGGAGAGGAGGAGGACCCACAACGUGAUGGAGAGGCAGCGGCGGAACGAGUUGAAGAACUGCUUCCUGAACCUGCGAGACAACGUGCCCGAGCUCUCCCAAAACGACAAGGCGUCCAAGGUGGUCAUCCUGAAGAGGGCUAGAGAUGGCAUCCGCAGCCUGGAGGUGGAGGGACGCAGGCUGCAAGCAAGGAAGGACAAGCUCAGGGACAGGCAGGAGAAGCUGAAGGCCAGGCUGGAGCAGCUCCGCAGGUAGUGGCAGGGAGACAGGAUGGGACUGAGGAGGAGGAGGGGAGGAGCACACAGCCGGAAAUUUCCGUGACCUAAAUGUAGGUCUGGACUAUAUAGACUUGGAAGCUGUGCACGCACGCACACAUGCCCACAAAUGAACACACUCACACGUACACACACAGACACACGCACACAGACUCAAAACACAGCAUGGUGGAGUCCUCAUGCCUUGACUGCUGACUGUUGAAGAUUGUUGUAAUUAAGAGCCACAGGCCUAGUUCAGCCCCGAGCAAUGGUUUUGUUAUGUCUACCUUGUCUUGUCCUAGCAAUCUGCCAAAGUAAUUUAGGAUACAUGUAAACUAGCCUAUUAAACUGUAGCCAUUGGAGCAUUGAAAACAUAAACAUUGUUAUAUUAGGAUCUUCUUAAAGACAUUCCCCCUAUCCAAAUAUGUUAAGUCAGCUCAGUUACUAUCUUGCAAUUGUUUCAUUACUUUGGGCUGGAUCUAAAGUUUGUAUGCUGAUUGUGGGGUUAAAAUGUAGCUAAUGUUUAUGCCAAUUAUUACAGUUCAUCACUAAAUUGUUGGAUGUCUUAAUACCUGCCUUUUUGAAAAUGAGAAUUCUUCCCUAUACUUGUGUGAACUUAAAAUUACCUCACCUGUUGAUAGGAAUUUGGCGUGUUCUUGUUAAAUGAUGCAUCUUGUUAUGGACUCAUACCUGUACCAUGUUUUAUAUCUGUGUUAUUAGCAUGAGUAACCUACCUCCACCAGGGGAACGGCUUGCUUUGUGGUCUUCAAAGCAAAGCGUAGAUAUUUCUGUAUCUAUUUUGUUUAUGUAAAUUAUUUUAGUAUUUUUUUCUCUUCAUUUGCAAAAUAAGUUCUGUUCUUUUUAAGUGGCACUUUUAUAAUUAAAGAAUGGACAAGA